AACUUUAUUUCAACCUCCAACUCUCUGGACAUCACUCAAGAUCAACUGUAAGCCGCUGUAUCGUGCUCAAAGCAAAAGCAACGAAGAAGCGAUCUUUGUGGAGAUCGACACCAACUUCGAUCGUUACCGACAACUGUGGAAAAUGGCAUUGACCACCUUGACAAAGCCAAUCGCAUCUGGAAAUGCAAGCCAGCGUGAGACAUCAUGACGCAUUGCAUUUGCUUGCUGAGGGCAGCAUGUUUUCCUGCUUCCUGUUUGUGUAUAUCAACAUUGAUGGACGAACCCGCGAUGACUUGGGAUUUCCUCCGCCAUGCUCGCGCAGUUUUCUGGCGCCAGUUCCAAGCUGAUAUCCAACCGACCGUACUUCUCGACCCGCUUGGUGCCACUUGGGAACUCCUUAGAGCGACAGCCAUUGCUUCCAACCAAUAUGGCUGGGGAAGAUAGGAAGAAGAGGGUGCUCAUCGUGGGUGCGGGUGCUGCUGGCAUGUCAUGCGCCUACCAUCUAUCGAACCACUCUGAGAAAUUUGACGUGACCGUCAUUGAAGCUGCCAACUACUGCGGCGGCCAAGCCUUCUCCAUCCCCAUCGACAAGAAGAAGCACGGGACAUCAUGGCUCAACCAGGGCGUCCAGGGCGGCUCCUACAUCUUCCACCACACGAUGACCAUGUUCGCCCGCCAGGGCUACGCCGCCAACCCCGUCAAGCUUCAAGUCUCCUUCGGCAAGGAUCAUAGGUUCUGGACCAACGUCUAUCCGACCAAGCUCCUGGAACGGCACCAAAGCGAGGUCAAGCGCUUCUACAGAAUGCUCUCCUUCGUCCGAUGGUUCGAGCUGAUCUUCGCGUUGCUCCCCAUCAAGUACCUGAUGAAGGUCUUCUGGUUCAGCUACGAGUUCGCCAACACCAUUGCUUUGCCCAUAGUCGCCCUGUUUCUGGGCACAGGGAACUACACGCCUGACGUGCCCACCAUCAUUCUCGAGCGGCUGUGUACCAGUCCGACAUAUGGAAUGCGGUACCCGGCUGAUAAGGAGAGUAUCGCCAGUAACAUGCCGCCCAUGAUUGUCUUCCCGAACUUUAGCAAUUUCUACGAAGACUGGCGCAAGGAUCUGGUCAAGCGAGGGGUCAACAUUCGACUGUCUACCGAGGUAACCCAGGUACUGAGUCGCGACAAGGAUGGGGUGGUGGUCAAAACUAUCAAGCGGACUCCAAUGCCGGACAACCAUAACCUGACGAGCGCGUGGGCAGCCGAAGACCCAGUUAUGAACGCCGACGCCACCGCCGAAGAAACAACCGAACAUUAUGACGAGAUUGUAAUCUGCUGCCUCGCCGACACAGCCAAACGCCUCCUCGGCCGAACCGCCUCCCUCCGCGAGCGCCAAGUCCUAGGCUCCGCCAAGUUCUCCGACGACAUCACCAUCACCCACCACGACUCCUCCUACAUGCGCAAGCACUACGAGAACUUCUUCAACGCCUCGCAAGCCGUCACCUCCCUCUCCGGCGUCGACCACUCCUCCCGCGUCGAGUUCGCCCGCAACAACUUCCGCCCCAUGUACUACAUCAAACCCUACGACGCCGACCUGACCAAGCUCGAGAUGUGCUUCGACUGCACCAACUAUCAAGCCCAGUUUCCGCCCGAGGUCGACUUCGACAACCACGUGUUUCAGACUACCUACCUCAACAAGCAGCGCGACGGACACCUCUGGACUGACAACGAGAUCGACGAGUCAAAGAUCAUCCGCAAGGACUGGUGGCAUCAGCUGUGCCACUCGUGGACGCACUACGUUUUUGUGGUGCCCUGGAUGUGGCUGCUCCAGGGGAGAAAGCACACACGGUUUGCGAGCUCGUGGACAAUGAUCAACGCGCACGAGGUAGCGGUCAUGAGCGGGAUCGCGGCCGCGGUGGAUCUGGGGGCGCAGUACCCGGAGGAUCUGGAAAGGGAUGGGUUUGCGCUGUUGAGCUUUAGGUUGUAUUACCUGCUGAUUUAUGGACGGUGGUAUAGGAGGAGGGUGAAGAAGGAGGAUAGGAUGGGGGAGGGACAUGAGUGGGCGACGGGGCUGUAUGGGAGUGUUUACAAGGGACCGGGCGUGACGGAGAAGGAGAGAGAGAUGUGGAGGGAGGAGAGAGCAAGGGAGGUGAAUGGCGAUGCGAAUGGUCAUGCGAAUGGUCAUGGUGGGAAGUAAUUUUCUGGGGCCGUAAGCGGAUGGUGAAUGUCGGCAGGCGCCCAUUGCCGGAAUCACUCCGGCUGACGGACGGCGACCCUUUGCUAACUACCUUCUUGUUCUGAAGUUUGUCUGGGAAAAACACAGUUAUGUUGACCUGCUUUACAUCGUUAUCAAGUUGAUCGGCUGCCUACGGGGGCUUGUGGUUUUCCAUGCCGGGUUGCUGCACUGUUGUGGUCAGGGACGACGUUUGGCCGGCCUGAGGAAGGCAGAUUUCUCAAUGUGAGAGGGACGACGAUAUAUUGAACGGCUCAGGCCUGUUACCCCCAGCCCAGGUUUACUCCUUGUGUUCGCCGACGAAGAUGACAAGUACGGAUAGGAGGCGUUUCUCGCCCUGACGAGUAUAGGAACUUCACCGAAAAAGUGUGGACCAUGCCGUUUCUGCUGGACCACAUGCAGAGAGGCGGGG